AUGAGCAGCAACUGUCCUUUCGAAAAAGCCAUUUUUGUUUUGGACCGAAUUUGCUUCAUAUAUUGGAUUGUCACUGUUCCUAUCUACACGUUUAUAAUGCUCGUUUUGAUUCACGCGCAGAGGAAAAAUGUUGUGAACCUGACCAGUUCUUUCUACAAACUCUGCAUCUCGGCAGGUUUCACAGACAUCGUGACCCUGCUCACCAAUUAUUUCGGUGCAAUAUUCCCAAGGUGGGGCUGGUUCAGCUCCGUUUAUUCGGCUAUUGGCGAACAAUGGAUGUACAUAUAUCUCGUCAUAUCUUGGGGUUCAGUGAUCAAUCAAUCGUUUUCGGUAUCUUUAUUAGCCGCGAAUCGUCUUUCGGCUAUUCUGUUCCCCCGAUUGUACGACAAGGUACUUCUUCUUCCAGUUUCUAUUUUUCAUGGAAGUCCUAAAGAAGGCAGAUCGAGAAAAGCUGAAUCGUGGUUGUCUCAUUGA